UCCCCUCACCAGCUUCCCCCCCUCCUCCCCCCCCGCCCCCGUCGGGGGCGCGCGCGCCGUAUUGUGCCGAGGGGCGCGCGGGGAUGGGGGGGCGGGGGCGCGCGCGGCCGCCGUCGGGGGCGCGCCCGGGGGCUCCCCUUGUGUGUGCGUGUGCGUGUGCGUGCGUGUGCGUGCGGGGCCGGGGCCAUGGAGGAGCUGAGCAGCGUGGGAGAGCAGGUCUUCGCCGCCGAGUGCAUCCUCAGCAAGCGGCUCCGCAAGGGCAAGCUGGAGUACCUGGUCAAGUGGCGAGGCUGGUCCUCCAAGCACAACAGCUGGGAGCCCGAGGAGAACAUCCUUGAUCCAAGACUCCUCCUCGCUUUCCAAAAGAAGGAACACGAAAAAGAAGUACAGAAUCGGAAAAGGGGGAAGCGACCCAGGGGCAGGCCCAGGAAACAUGUGGAACCAGAGAUGCCUACAAAAACUAAGUCAAGUAGCUCCUCUUCCUCCACAUCCUCCUCUUCCUCCUCCUCUGAUGAAGAGGAUGAAAGUGACCUGGAAGCAAAGAGGGGUCCCCGCAGCAGAGAGACUCACCCGGUACCACAGAAGAAAGCUCAGAUCCUGGUGGCAAAGCCUGAAAUGAAAGACACUUCCAGGAAGAAGCGUGGGCGGAAACCUCUUCCCCCGGAGCAGAAAGCGGCUAGAAGGACCGUGAACCUGACAAAGGUGCUGAAAACAUCCCGGAAGGAGGUGGGCGGCAGCGCCAAGCUGAUGGGGAAGCUGCAGCCUCAGCACAGCACACAGGGCUCAGGCAUGGCCGUGCUGAAGGACCCGCCGGGUGCCUUGGCUGGGCUCAGCUCGGGGGGUUCAUCUGCAGAAAACUUGCCCAACAUGAUGAAGAGCGGCUCCACAAGCCCAAACCGGGCCAUCAGCUGGCAGAGCUCCAUCGUGCAUUACAUGAACAGGAUGUCCCAAAGCCAGAACUCGGCAGAGACCUCGCCUCUGGGCAGGCUGGCGCUGAAGUCCCAGGCAUCCACUAAGAGCGGCUUAGGGCUGGACUUAAAAAUGAGGAACCAGAAAGCAUCUGGGGAGCUUGGGCUGAGCAUGCAGGGACCCAAGACCACCAAGGUUCCUAGCAGUGGUGCUGGAGGGGACCAGAAAACAGGGUUUGCGGCAGGAGGCCAAAUGCUGCACAACGGCAGCAAGAUGCCAGCGAGCUCGUCCGGGGCCAGCAGCCAGCCAACCUCCAGUCAGGAGCUGAACCUCCAAGCUCUAAACCUGCAGAGCGUCAAAAAUGGACCAAGCACAGCUGGCGGGAGCGGCCUCCCUCGCCACCUUUGCAGCACCCUGUCCAAAGGCUCCGGCAGCAGUGCGGCAGCGAGUGCGGGUGCCACCGGCAUGAAGGGUGGCACGAUGGGUGCUGGGUUGAAUGCUGCCGGUGCCGGCAUGCUCUCGGGAGCAGAUGGCGGCAAGAGCGAGAAGCAGGCGCACCGGGCAGGCGACAGAGACUUGGCCAAAAGCGGCACAGCCGGCACACAGGAGGGGCACACGGCCACGGAGAACCGCAAACCGGCCGCGCUUUCCGAAAUGAGCACAGGUGAAGAGACCAGCUCAGAUUCAGAUCGGGAUUCGGCUUCCUUCCCAGGCGUGGGUCAGAACAUGUCUGUCUCAAUCCAGACCAGCCAGGACUGGAAACCCACCCGCAGCCUGAUCGAGCACGUCUUUGUCACCGACGUCACCGCUAACCUGAUCACAGUGACGGUCAAGGAGUCCCCAACCAGCGUCGGGUUUUUCAACCUACGGCAAUACUGAGCCCAGGAGCAUGAGAGGAGGGAGAGGGUCCUUCAUCCUCUCUCUCUCAGCUUUGCCCAGCUCUUCCAUCAGGUUUUACUUUCUUCAAGUGAACGUGGAGACGUUGUGAGACCUGCCGGGACUCGUGUCUAGUGAGGCGUGAGAAAGACGCAGUGAAACCUGCUCAGAACUGCCAGUGGGUCGAUGGAUCCCUCCCAACUUCUCUCCAUGCUCUCCAGAGCCGGCGUCCCAAGCGGAGGUGGCUGAUGCCAUUUUCCAGGAGCAGGGGCACUGGUGCUCCUGGGGGUGACAGGCUGGCAAGUUUUGAGCCAGGCUUCACUGUACAUGGGUUUCUUUGCUUUACAACUUGAAACAGCAGAUGACAAGGUCUGCGGCUUUCUGGCAGCGGGGAGAGGGUGUGGAGCUGCGAUGGGCCAGGCUUACACUCAGGAGAGGAAAAGGAGAUCCUUUUCUUUCCUCUGGGCUCCCCACGAGUCUGUCUGUGAGCCGUGGGGAGUCGCAAGUCAAUCCAAAUGAGGCAGCUGCUGCUCCCAGCCCUCAGGGGCUGCUGGGGGGCAGCUGUACACGGGGGUUUUUCAGGGUACACUCAGCCCAGCCACCCCCCUGGGUGAGGUCACUUCCAAUGAUGGUGAAGUCCAUGACGUUUCUGUUGUGGUUUCCAGCUGAUAGGGAAAUAUUGUUUACAUUUUUUUAUUAAGGAAAAAUAAUUUUUUUGAGGGAGGGGAGUAAACCCAGUCUAGGGAAGACUGAAUCCUGGAUGCCACUGAUGAUAUGGCUGUCAAAGGUGCCUCUUUCAGAGCAAGGGCCGGCCGGCAGUGGGCGUAUUCUUGCUGCCCGGGGAGGGUCCUGCCUUACUAAGGGUGGGAGCCAGUGAGAGCCGCUGGCUUCUUUGCAGUGACUUGCCUUUCAGAGGAAAGUGAAGCUGGAAUUGCUGUGCAGCCCAGGGAGCCCCAGCACCGCUCCUCUGCCUCGUCCCAGCAUCGCCAGUGUCGGCCCCUCCCGUUCUGCAGUUUCCAGGCACUCACAGGGACUGAGCUGGGGAAUAUUUUUUUAAGACUUACAGGACAUGCAAACCCUUCCAGCGGCAGGUAGGUUGAUACUCGGACUGCCAGGUGUCUGUGAGGUCACUGCUGGAGUUCAGCUAAAAAGCAGCACCUGGGCAGGGCUGGGGUGAGCCCUCCCUGCUGGGAGCCCAGCUGGAUACAGCCCUCAGUCCAGCCCUGCGCCUUGCAUGCUUGCUGGGUUCGACUUAUGCUGAUCAUCCACAUUUUUCUCCUGCUGGAGGGCUCAGAAGCUGGUUGAGGGCGCCUGCACAGGCGGUCUGGAGCGAUGGGAAAGGGAAGGAGAAGAGAGGGACAAGGGGAAGGGCCAGGCAGCAGCAGGGGAUGCCUGACGCCAUUGCCCACCCCGCGGGCUGUUCCCCAAGGAGCCACAGGGCCUGCAGCAGCCGCUUGCCUUCGUCUUGCCGUCCUGUGCCAGCAGCCAUGGUGUUCAUUUUGGCUUGUAAUUGCAACCAAUAAUGGUUUUUUUACAGAGGUCUUUUUCCCUACGAUAGAUUACUCUUACAAGCCAAAAUUAGCAGCAGUAGUUCAGGCAGAGUUUAGCAGCAUUUGAGGUCGUUUCAGUUCUGUUAAUGCUGAACUCCUUUCUCAGAGGAGAUAAAAAGCCUGCAGUCUGCCAGGUCUCAAUGCAUGGUUAGGAGGUGCCUCCGAAGGGCUGUCCCGCCAGCGUCUACUGGGUGUGUGCGUGAGCAGGCACUGCUCCGGGGGUCGCCGCUUGCUGGGUGACUGACCUGGCACCAGGAUGGGCAUCUGACUUUGCUGCAGGCAGGGGCACUCACGGUGUCAUCACACACAGGAGUGCGGAGAUAAAUGGACCAAACUGGGGUACAGGUACCUCUGACCCGCCCUGACACACCAGCCCACUGCAGCCGCAUUUGCCGCUGCUGGCUGGCGGCAGCGCAGUUCUCAGGGACGAGAAAAGCCAGCGCUGGCUGCAUGUACUGCCCAGUUAUUCAAGGGGUGGAUGGUUGUUCCCUGAGCGGCAGCUGCAGCCUCUGCCAGGACAGGCUCCUGUGCUCCAGAGACGCCCUCCCUUAGCUUUUGUAUUUAGUCCCAACCAUCCUGUUGGUCAUGGCUUUGUGUUUGUUGCGUUAUGGAGCUGAGCACAGCAUCCUGCAUAAGCCAACGGCAUGCCGGUGAGCUGGGGCAGGUGGAGGUGUAUCGCUGCCUUGCAGCAAGACCUGUGCAGGCUUCCCAGCCAGCUCCAGUUCUGGCCCAGUGCAGCCAGGCAGCUUUGAAUGUCACCUUGCCACAGUGUCAGGCAGCCUGGGGCAGGGGGUUUACGGAGCAGUGGUGCAGCCCUGCUCUGCUGCUGGCCACCCAGCCCAGCAAUGCACUGCGCGUUGUUCUGCCAGGCAAAGGACCGAGGUGAGAGGAGGGAGAGUUGUCCAUGGAGGAGGUUCCCGAGGACAGAGUUUCCAUCGAGAUCCAUGAUGCCAAAAUGUCAGUCUGUGCUGUUUACCUUCUAGUCUUUAACUUUGCCAAACGAGCUACCGUUGCUUUGAACAGUCCAAGGAAACGUUAGCCUGUGUCAGCAGAAACGAAUGCUCUGGGCAUGGUCUCUGCUGGGUGUGCUUUUGUGUGGGGGAUACGAGCGUUUUGGGAGAAGAAUCAAAAAACCUGGGAGCGCGGGGUUAACGCUCUUCCCCACACACCAAAUGUUUGCUACUUGGCCUUUGCAAAUCCAAACUGAACAACAAUGUGCCUUUCAGACCGUCCUUGUUCUCAGCCUUGUCUGUGACACCGGUCCCACGACAGGUUUGUGCCUAUGCAAAGCAGGAUGGUCACAGGGUGCUGGGGACAGCUGUGACACCAACGGGGAGAGAUGCCCUGGACCCCAGCGGGACACCCAGCUGUCGCGCGGAGCCCUGCCGCAGGGCUGAAGGCAGCUGAGGGAUGUUCACCAAGAGGAAGCCAACCUGGCAGGGAUGCGCUUGCUUAUAGCAAUAGGAUGUGGGGGCUGGUGUCCCCCCAGAGGGAUAAAUCACCUGAGGGUGCCCCGAGAAGGCGUCUGGCACCACGAGUCCACAGAGGGUGCAGGAGAGGAGCUGUGACAGCGGGUGCUGUGUUCUGUGCUUGCUCCCUGCCGGCUCCAGGAGGGCUGCUCCCUCCAGAGCCUCCGCUGAAGCUCACAUGCAUUUCUCCAUGUGGGGGCUUGCUCCUGCCUCCUGGCUGGGCAAAGGGUCACUGGGUCCAGGCUCACACCCAGGGUGCACGUAUCCGAGUGGCGGGUGGCUUUCCCCCACCACCCACCCUACCCAGGCAUGUCCCCCCCAGUAGCGGCAGGACUCUGCUGUCACCACUUGCUAUUGUGCCUUUUCCUCACCAGCUGAUUCAAUUCCAAAGGUCUAAGGAUGGUGAAAGUGAUAAUCCAGAAUUUUUUCUGACCUUCAGCUCCUCCUGCGCUCCUUCCCCAGUCCCUUCCCAACCUCAUGUUUCAAGAUCUCAGCUUUCCCAGCAGCGCUGGGGUGUCUGAGCAAACGGUUCCUGUUGGAGUUUGCCUCUCAAAGGCACAUUAUGUGAGUGAUUUACUGUAAUCUUUUGUGGAGAGGGGUUGAAAGCCGGUGCAGACCCUGUUUACCAGUCAGUACCAUUAGUAUUCAAGGUCUACCUUUUUUUUUUUCCCCCAAGUUUGCUGCUAUGGGUUGGAGUGUUCAGCCGUGUGUCAAACAGCCAAUUAAAGGUUUGUCACUUGUCAUUUUCUAAGGGGUUUCCGAUGUGGAAAGUCCUGCAGUAUUUGUAUAUUGAAUGGAUAUUUUCUCCAGGCAUAAUCUGGUUAAGCAUACUUGUUGUUUUCCAUUGGACUGGAAGAGGUGGCCAAUUCAGCCAUCUUCCCUAGAAACUUAGUCUAUUUUUAUAUAUAUAUUUUGUACCAAAAAAAACGAGUUCGUGGAGGGAUGGGGAUGGUUCAGGGGGUUCAGCUGGCUUUGAGUUUCUGAGCUGGGUGUGAAGGGCUCCAAAGCGGGAGAGAAGGUUUUUAACUGAAAGAAACUGAGGGAUGGGUGAAAACAAACAAUUGUUCUUGUAACUUGUGCCAGUCACUGGUCUGAUUUGUAUGUUUUAAUUAAAGAGAGAGCCAAAUCGUUCCUGUAUGACACUUAUAAUUGCUCUAAACUACAGCUGUUUGUUUGCUUUUAUUUUCAGAGAACAAAAGUUGGAGAUGUUAUUACCCUGGGAAAGCUUGAGGGCUUUGUUGAGCAGGACAGGCGCUCGGCCCGCUGAGCGAUGCGGGGCUGCGGGGCCACGCUCACCACUCCCCCGGGGCCUCCGCUCGCCCUCCCGCACCUCGCUUGCGUUGUGUGCCCUGUGUUUUCUAGUGCUUCUGGACACUAACGCUAGUGUAGACCCACGACCUCUAGGCUGCUUUUAAUUUAUUUGCAGGAAAACUACGAGAUGGUUACAUCGGGUG